AUGAUUAUUUUGUCCAUGUUGUCAGCAGCCUCUGACCUCAAAUCUACGACUAGCUCUGCUCCACUUGCUACUUCCUCUAGAAGAGGCCUUUUCUCGUCUCUCUGCCACCAAACCCCUUUCCUUCAUUUGGGUUUGUCAGUCUCCUGUAAGUUGGGUGCUUUAGUUAUGGCUUCUUUGAGACCUACCCUCUCUCAGCUUUCCCUUUCUCAAUACAAUUUACCCAGAAAAUUCUCAUGGAACAAUCACCUACGCUGCUAUUUCCAGAAAAGGAUCGCAAAGUUGCAAACUUUCACCUCGUCUAAGUCUUCCGGUUUCAGAGUCUGCUGUAGUUCUCAAGAAUCCAAUAACCAAAAUAAUGGUGAAGAGCCUCCGGAGUCAUUAUUUAUGAAGGAGUUGAAGAGGAGAGGUAUGACCCCUACAUCAUUGCUUGAUGAUUACAAACAAAGCAACUAUGAACUUGAUGAAGAGGUGUACGUGAAUGAGGAAGAUAGAGGUUUCCCAAAAAGAAAAUCUGUCUCAACCAAUAUUGAGAGGAGUCUAGACAAUCAAAGGGAACGAUCUAUGGCCUUGAACAGUGAAGGUCUUGAGGUUGAUUCAUUGUCAACAUUCCUUUUCCCUAUAAAAAAUUUAUAA